AUGAUGCGCAAUGUGUGGCACGUCAAGUGUCGUCGUGUCCGAGUCGCUAUAGGCAAUUUACGAGUAUUUUCUUCACGUAGUUCACUUCCUGAUGGGUUUCGAAGUCCACAGGCUGUAGCAGAUGCUGUUGCAGCUGCUCUAGCGUCCGAAAAUGAUGUGGAGAGAGCUGUUAAAAGGAGCAAAGAUCAAGUUUCAGCUGAGUCGAGUCAAACGAUUAAAUUGGAGCGUUGUCGCUUGGAUGGAGACAUGAUUUCAACCAAGAUUAUUACAGUAGAUCAGUUUCUGCAGCCUAAGAAGACACCAGAUUGGCAGUUAAUCAAGCUUGAACACUUUGAGAAGGUCCCUACUCCAAUUGAUUGGAAAGCAGGACUCGAAGAGUUACAAGAACGGAUUGGUGUCAAGUUUCAGGAUAUAGCAUUGUUGCAGAGUGCACUGACGCAUCACGGAUGUCUUCCGAAUAAACCUGUUUUGGAAGGUGUGCCGGUAGUUCGAUUGUCGAAUCGUAGUCUGGAAUUUCUUGGAGACUCGUUGCUAGGUGCAGCAGCGGCAAGUUAUGUAUACCAGAUGAUGCCGCAGCACCAAGAAGGACAACUUUCGCGUGCCAAGUCGGCAAUUGUUAAUAACGACACGCUUUCCAAGAUUAGUGCGGAUUUAGGGAUUACAAAGCUUCUUAUUUGGCCUCCUGGAUUGAAUGAGGCGAGCAGUGCACCGGUUGUUGUCAAAGGCCGUGUCACGAUUGCUGCUGGAGCGGUAGAAUCACUUAUUGCAGCUAUUUAUCUGGAUCAGGGCAUGGAGACAGCACUGAAUUUCGUGGCGACGCAUAUUAUUCCUCGUUCGAUUGAGUAUGCAACACGUGAUGUCAUUUGGGAACCUAUUGUUGAAUUGCAGAACCUCUUACAGGGACACUAUUAUGGUCAUCCUGUCUACAAGUAUCUGCCGGCCGCUCUAAAUGCAUCUGAGUACAUGGUUGAACUUUACGUGAAAGGAAGGCCAAUUCUAAAAGCAGCGGCGCCAUCGUACAAGCUAGCACGAGCACGUGCAGCGGAGGCAGCUUACUGGCAUUUUGAGAAGCUGCUUGGCCCGGUUCCGUAG